CUCUCUCUCUCCCUCAGUCUCUCUCUCUGCAGCUGUGCUUUCUCAAUGGUUCUCAUUGUAGCGGAGCGUCUCGUGCACGCGGCGUGAGCCUCUCUCUCUCUCCUUCUCUUUAUCAAAGUGUCUCUCUCCCUCAGUCUCUCUCUCUCUCCCUCUUUUCCAGACUCUCUCUCUCAGUGUGUGGGUCUCGCGGGCUCUGUGCUCUCACUCCGCGGACUGUGUGAUGAUGGUCUCGCGCCGCGCUGGACUGCUCUCGCGCUCCGUGUGUCUCGCGCUGCGCGGAGGAUCCUGAAGCCGGAAGGAUUGGCAUUUCAGAAUCGGCUGUGAUCACCGUUCACUCGUGCUGUGGUCCACCUCAUCAAUCACUACUGCUCUGGCUGCCUGCUGCACCACAGGAACAUCCAAAGCUUUUCAAGUUCAGACCAUCGUUUUCGUCCGGGGCUCCCUGGCGCCUUGGAUCUCUAGUGCCUCUACCCUACCUGGGACUAUUGUUUUGCCCAUCACUGUCGUCCAGCUAUGGCCCACACCGUGAGUAGGAGCUUUGGGAUCUGGAGAGAACUGAGAAUAGUCACCCUACUGUCUCUGGUUCGAUGGGAGUCGGGCUGCUGGGGGAUGACGCUGAACUCUGUCGCACUUCAUCCAGCGUCCAGCAGACUUCACAGGGCCGAGGCGGGAGCCGUGCUCAUAGACACAAGAGGAACUGGGUGUGGAACCAGUUCUUUGUUCUGGAGGAGUACACAGGAGAUGAACCGCUCUACGUUGGCAAGCUGCACUCAGACGUGGAUAAAGGUGAAGGCAGGGUAAAGUACGUGCUUAACGGCGAAGGGGCCACGUCCAUUUUCACUAUUGAUGAAAACACGGGGGACAUCCACGCCACUAAGCGUCUGGACCGGGAGGAGCAGGCCUACUACACCCUGCGAGCGCAGGCCCGCGACCGCGCCACCAACCUGCCCGUGGAGCCCGAGUCCGAGUUCGUCAUCAAGGUCCAGGACAUUAACGACAACGAGCCCAAGUUCCCAGACGGCCCCUAUCAGGCCUACGUGCCCGAGAUGUCUCCCGUGGGUACAUCUGUGGUGGAGGUGAAAGCAACGGAUGCAGACGACCCCACAUAUGGAAACAGUGCAAGAGUUGUGUACAGCAUUCUGGAGGGACAGCCAUAUUUCUCAGUGGAGCCCAAAACAGGUAUUGUGAGGACUGCUCUCCCCAAUAUGGACCGAGAGGCGCGGGACCAGUACCUGCUGGUGAUCCAGGCAAAAGACAUGGGUGGGCAGAUGGGUGGUCUCUCGGGAACCACGUCAGUGACUGUCACGCUGACUGAUGUCAACGACAACCCCCCGCGCUUCUCCAGAAAAUCCUAUCAGUUUGCGGUGCCGGAGUCUCUGCCCGUGGCGUCGGUGGUGGCCAAGAUAAAGGCCCUGGACUCAGACGUGGGAGCCAAUGCAGAGAUGGAGUACAGAAUUAUAGAAGGAGAUGGCCUCGGGGUGUUCAGGGUCGAGCCAGAUGCUGAUACACAGGAAGGAGUCAUAACUCUGCAGAAGAACCUUGACUAUGAAACAAAGUCCACCUACACUCUAAAGAUCGAAGCCUCCAACAGGAACAUAGAUCCACGCUUCCGAGCUCAGGGGCCAUUCAGUGACACGGCAAUGGUGAAGCUGGUGGUGGAGAACGUGGACGAGCCCCCGGUUUUCUCCUCUCCACUGAGCAGGAUGACUGUCUCAGAGGCAGCUAAAGUGGGGACCACCAUUGGGACGGUUUCUGCGCUGGACCCCGACUCCACCAAUAGUCCAAUCAGAUACUCCAUAGACCGCAACACUGACCUGGAGCGCUUCUUCAACAUCGAUGCGGCGACAGGGAUCAUCAGCACGGCCAAGGCUUUAGAUCGGGAGGUCAACGCAGUGCACAACAUCACCAUCCUCGCCAUAGAGAGCCUGGAUCCAUCGCAGGUGGGGAAAGGAAUCGCUCUCAUCACUGUGAUGGACGUCAAUGACAACGCCCCGGUCUUCGCUAUAGAAUACGAGACGUUUGUGUGCGAGGCUGCUGAACCAGGACAGGUGAUCGAAACCAUAAGCGCUGUGGAUAAAGACGAGCCUCCCAGUGGACACCGCUUCUUCUUCUCUUUGACUGCCGAGGCUGCUGGGAACCUGAACUUCACCCUCCGCGACAAUAAAGACAACACGGCGUCUGUGCUGACGAAGCGCGGCGGAUUUCAGCGGCGAGAUCAGGCCAUGUAUCGUCUGCCUGUGCUGAUAGUGGACAGCGGGAGUCCUGCUCUCAGCAGCACCAACACUCUGUCCAUACGCGUGUGCGACUGCGACUCGGACGGCUCUCCUCAAGCCUGCGGCACGGAGGCUUUCCUCCUGUCCGCCGGACUCAGCACCGGAGCGCUGGUGGCCAUUCUGGCCUGCAUCCUCACGCUACUGGUGUUGGUGCUCUUGAUUGUGACGGUACGGAAGAGGAAGAAGGAGCCACUUAUCCUGGAUGAAGACCGUGACGUACGCGAGAACAUCGUGCGCUACGAUGACGAGGGCGGUGGCGAGGAGGACACCGAGGCCUUUGACAUGGUUGCCCUGCGCAACCUCAACGUGGCCAGAGACAGCAAGGCCCGGCGGGACGUCACGCCCGAGGUGCCCACGCUGUACUGCUCACGCCCGCCACCGUACAAGAUCACCCCCGACAACGGCAUCUUCCGGGAUUUUAUAUGGGACCGGCUGAAGAACGCCGACGUCGAUCCCUCGGCGCCGCCGUACGACUCCCUGCAGACGUACGCCUUCGAGGGCAGCGGCUCGGUGGCCGAGUCCCUCAGCUCGCUGGAGUCGCUCAGCACGGACUCGGAGCAGAGCUACGACUACCUGAGCGACUGGGGGCCGCGCUUCAAGAAGCUGGCUGACCUCUACGGGCACAGCGACAGCAGCAAUAUCUUCUCCUCCUAGCCGCGGAUUUGCAUCCGCUCAGUCGUCCGCUCAGUCAAGGACUUGAUGGAAAUGAACAAUCGUAUUUGAGAGAGUGCCAAUGACUCACUGAUACUUGAAAGAGGUGGGUGGGAGGACAAAAUAUGGAGCAAUUCUGUGUGUGGGAGAAGAUAUCCUGGCAUCGAUUAUCAGCCGAGACACGGUUGUACAAAAUAAAAGAAGAAAAAAAAACGAACACAACGUCAAAAACAAGAGACGCCGCGGUGUUGCCGUGGCCUGGUGCGAUAAGAUCCUCUGAGGACAAGCUCUAGGAUUCUAGUGUCCUUCAAUGCACUUGGAAUUUCGAACCACAACGUGAUGCCAAGCCUGGACUUAGGAUGUGGUUGUCAAGACUAAAGAAAGGAUCUCACGGACGAGUGAGAAGAACGGGCCCCCUGCCGCCGUGUCCGGGAAUACGGUUGCAGUCGCAGUUUUGGUUCUUUUCUGCAGAGACGUUGGGAGGCGUUCUGCCUUCACGGCGAUUAAUCAAAACCCCCGAGUAGUCCCGAUGCCCUGUACCAGUGUUCUCUGAUCGAUAUCUGUAUGUUUCUGUUUUGUCAAACAUUUAUAUGACUCACAGGUUCUUCGGGAAACAGAAAAAAGAAAAAUCGAUACGAAUCGAGCAGCCAAGAACACUGACACACUCUUUUGUUUUUGUUUUUCUCUGAGAAACAACAAAAUAAAGGGAAAGGAAAACUCCAGACAGAUUUUUUUCCAGACAUAUUGCCUUGUGAGGUCCUGCAAAUGUUGUAUAAAGUAUCUUUUCUGCAUAGCCUCACGUCCAAGAGCUUAGUUGGCGUACAGCUUAGUUGUUUUCUUUUGUUUUUAUGUAUCAAAUGAAGCCUUGACCAUCGUUCAAUCUUUAGCUUCUCAAAGCGAUUCUCAAAUCCAAGUUCUUGAACAUAGAACAUGGAAACCAGAAUAGGAAAAAUUAACCCCCCCAACUGUUUUCUUUGAGUGUUUUAGGUGUUUUAUUCUAUUUCUUUUUCUUUUGGAGCAAAUUCUCUUCAAGAGGAACUAGUUCUCUCUCGUUCGCUUCCUGUCUCCUUGUAUAUGGGGAGAACGUAGAAGCAGCCAAUAGAUGGAGGAGGCCUUGUUGGAUUAAACCCAUUUAUCUCCUUCACUGGCUUCUGGCUCCAGAAACAAAUGUGUUUGUAGUGUCAGGUUCUGCCUCGUGUGCUGAGAACUGGCUGCUGACUGUAGGAGCAGGAAUUGGUUGGGAGCUGUUUUUUUGUUUUUUUUUUUUUUUAAUGAAAAGUCCAGACUGGACAGUUUGUAGGGAUUGAAGGCACCUUAGACUGGGUUCCUUCAGAGAACGAGAAUGACGAGAACGACGAGGCGACGCCUCUAGGCUUAAUGAUUCUAGACUUCACGCAAUUCAUGUCAAUCCGCAGAGUGAACACCACAUGUAUUUUACAGCUGUUUUCACUUUGAAUACUUAACCCUUAAAAGUCUGAGACUGAUAGACUAUAGUACUGUAAUUUUUCUAAGCGAUUUAAAUAGAAUUACACCAUUAAUCACAUCGAUGUUCUGUUUUACAUGUUAACCCCUUAAUGUUCUGCUCAACGCUUUGCUACAGCACAUUUUGAGUCACUAUAUUUUAUUAAAGAGACCUCAACCUGAGUGUGUUAUCUCUAACAAUCGGCCACUAGAGAUUCCAUUAGAGGGCGCUGUGUCUGUCAGUUGUCAUUCGCCUUUUUAGUUUUUACCCAUAAAUCACAUCAAUCACACAUGAGGACUGUUUUGGGUUUUGGGUGGAUUUUUUUUAUGGCAAACUAUAAUUUAUUUGGAUAUUAUAGUUUCUGAUGUUUUGAUGAAUGGAAUUAUGUAAUAUGUUGUACCAAAUUCACUUUAUUUAUUUAUUUUUUCAUAGUAUGGGUUCGUGUUCUGAUUUUACAUUCACAUUGUGAUAUCUCACCAAUUUUCAAUAGAGGUGACUAUUUUAAAAACUGGGGUCUUUAAAUACAAAAAAAAAAAAAAACACUAUAUUAACACAAUAUUUUUUGGGAAUUUCUCAAAAAAAAAAAAUUAUAAUACAAAAUCAGAAAGAUGUAUUCCAGCACUUUUUUUUAUUGGGGAGGACGUUAAAGGGUUAAUACGUGAACAAAAGAAGGUAAAUAUUUCUCCUGUAUGAACAACCUACCCCAUGUUUUUGUUAUUUUUUUGGGAAUUUCUCAAAAAAAGCGAACAAUACGAAAUCAGAAAGAUAUUUAAGCACUUUUAUUUUUUGUUGGGGAGGACCUUAAAGGGUUAAUACACAAAAAUAGGAAGUAAAUAUUUCUCCUGUUACAGCAAAUGAACUACCAACCCCAUGCUUUUGUUUUUUGGGGGAAUUUCUGCAAAAAAAAAAAGAAUUAUAAUACAAAAUCAGAAAGAUAUUCAAGCACUUUUUUUGGGGGGAAGACAUUAAAGGGUUAAUACACAAAAAUAGGAAGUAAAUAUUUCUCCUGUUACAGCAAAUGAACAACCUACCCCAUGCUUUUCUUUUUUUUGGAGGGGAAUUUCUCCAAAAAAAAAAACGAACAAUACGAAAUCUGAAAGAUAUUUCAGCACUUUUUUUUAUUGGGGGAGGGCAUUAAAGGGUUAAUACACAAAAAUAGGAAGCAAAUAUUUCUCCUGUUACAGGAGCAAAUGAACAACCUACCCCAUGCUUCUGUUUUUUUUUUAUCGCCAUUGGCAACUGAGGGUUAUUGACUUCUAAGGGUUAACUCUAAGUGAAGAACGGUGAGAUUGCUUUUAGACAUACUUCAUAUACAGCAUCAUUGCACUCUACAUUUUUUUUUUGUUUUUUUUUUUGUUGUUGUUGUACAGAUGGUAAAAAGUGAAAAUAGAACACACACAAACACACACACACACUUUCGUAUUCGUUCCUGUGCCAGUCUUCUUUUUUGGCUCUUCGUUUCUGGUCAGCAGACCGUGUCCGUGUCUCUGACCGGCGCUGAAUGGCGCGUGUAGUAAAUAGGUGGUGUGUUUUGUGUUUGCGGUGCAGCAUGAGCAGACAGAUGAUCAGUAAUCAGGGCUUUGGCGUCGGCGGGAGAGAGCGAGCGUGCGAGUGAGAGAGUGAGCGAGCGCUGCGCUCGGCUUUGAUGAACGGCGUGAGCCACGUCGGAGCGUUUAAAAGGCCUCCGCUAAAUUAGCCUCGGAGAGCGGUGACUGAUGACUCUGUUGUCUCGGGGAGAAUAAACAUACAUCCAGAAAUACGAGCACACGUCCGUGAACGGCCAGACGGGAUGGGCGAUGCCCCCGCGAGCGCGGUGGAGAGCUCGGUCUAUAAAUCGUCCGUCGCUGUGAAGUAGAGCCAGGUUAGAACCGCGGCCCCAGUUAUAGAAGAAGGUGUUCUGCAGUGGACAGCACAUUUAGGGUGCUUUCACACCUGAAAGUCCAGACCGUGGUCCGAACCAAGAUUCCUGUGUUUUCUACAUUGUAGUUUUCACACUGCAGUUUAGGGAGCGCACCAAAGACCUUUGUGUGAUACUCCUACGUCCUUUCAUCAUCACUUACGUAUCGAUGCGUUUUCCUUAACUUGAUGCUGAUUGGUUUUAGAAGGACAUGCGUCUGACAUUGGCGUGUUGACAAUUCAGCAUUUGGUUCAUUCGGCGGGAAGCCUUUCCAGGAUAAGGAUAAAAUGAAUGAACAGAUUAAUUUCGUAUCAAUAGUUGUGCUGCUAUUGUAGUUUUUAUACCAGCAGCAGCAACUUCAGGCACUUUUCACAUGUUCAUCACACCAAAUUUCAAUUAAACAUUUCGUCUCCUCCUCGCCCCAUGUGCUUCCACGGCUCAUUUUUCUUCUGCUGCUGCCGUUGGCUGUUGAGGAACGCCUGCUCAGCUUCCUGUAAUUGGUCCGAAAUUUCAAACCAUAUAGAAAAGCGCUUUCACACUGCAGGUGAGACCACCUCUCUUGGUUGGACCAAAAUCUGGUCCUAUGGUCCGGACCGAAGUUUGCGGCCCCUUUCACACCUGCUACUUUGGUUCGGACCAAACUGAAAAGUCCAAAAGUCCGGACCAAACGAGGCAGGUGUGAAAGCACCCUUACACAGUCUUUUUUUGAUUGAGUACAAACAGUUUGUACUGUUUUCCAUAACAGUCAGCAGCGUUUCUAGACCAUUUCCAGUGGGGGGGUAGGGGGCUUCAGACAGUGGGAAGGGCAGUCUAGGGCCAGUGGUUGUGUUAGAGGGGCUGAUCACCUUCCUUGAUCAGCUUAUACACUGUAAACCCAUGCGUUGUUUGAACUAUAUCAUUCAACAUUUUUAUUUAGACAGUUUUCAAUUCAAAUUUCACAAUUAAACAAUUAAACUUUUCAAAUAUUCACGUUUCAAUGUUUUUACUAUGAUUUUAAAUGUUAUUUAUCCCAGUUUUUUUUUCAGUUUCAUAUUAAAUUUAUUUUACAUCAGCCGUCUUCUAUGGUGUUUCCAUGUAUGUUUUCUCACCAACAGAAUGCUUACAGGUUAUGUUCUCAUUUUUCACACAAACAGACUCAUAUUUCAACAAAAAUCUAAAACUCUUUCUCUGUUUCUCAUAACAUGUACGUCAACUGUCUUCUUGCAACAAAUUGGUGUCAUGAUGUAGGGUGCAUCUUUUUCAUCCAGUGCCAGAUCACCAUUGGUCAGUUUGACAGCCCAGCGUUACGUUAAUAAGGUCCUGAAACCAGUGGCCUUACCUUUUCUGAACGUACCUUUUCUGGUGCUCUAUUCCAACAGGACAAUGCUCCCCCAAAUACUGCUGCUAGUAUCAGUCUAAAUUUUGAAUAAUUCAUAACUUUGCCUUUCAACACUAACUGUUCUCUAAAGAUGAGUGUAUGUGUACUCUUUAAACAUUUAUUAUAAUCAUAUCAUGCGAUUACUUUCAGUCUGUAAAGGAGCUUUUUGAGGCUUUAAGCUCUUGAAUCCGUGUUUGGAUCCAUUCACCAUCACUGUUAGUGAACAGCGCUUUUCACAUCCAACCACAUCUAGCCUGAUUCAGCCACUCAGAAUGACUUUGUUUACAUCUCAGCAAUGUAAUUAGAAAAAUCAAUGUAAUUCCCGGGUUCAGAGGAAGAGCUAUGAGUAGUGUUCUGUGUAGCUCUUAAAUAGUCCCUGGUAUGAUUAUGUAAAGACUCUUUUUUUUUUUGCACUGUAUGAUUAAUGAAGGCACUUCUGCCCUGUUAUGAUGCAUGCUUGUGUUUUUAAGCCACACUUUUCUUUUUUUUUUUUUUUUUUUUUUUUGCUAAUGGAUUUUCCAUAUGACCCCAACGGUAAUUUAGUCAUUUGGUCUCUGAAGCAAAGGUAAUGAAGAUUGAGAACACUGUGAUCAUUAGAGAGGGGCUGUUAUCUGGAAAGCAAAUGUAAUUAUUUGUUAACUGGCUCGCUAAAUGAAAACUAAAAGGGCAAUAGAAAUCUCGUUUGACUUAGCACUAAGUAAUAAUAAAUAGCAUUUUAAUUAAGCGGAUAAGCAGCAAGUCGCUGGGCUAAACAGAUAACGGCGGGCGGCGGGGCCACGCAUCGCAUCAGCGCUGCACAUGAGCCACUCCAGCCAUAAAUCACCACGACCAGAAAUCAAUACUAUUUUUUUACAUUUAAGCAUAAUCAUAAUUUUUGUUUACCGCACUGCCCGCUGGCUUUAACUGGCAAAAAAAAAAAUCGUAAAUGUACUCCACUCAGUAAUGAUUAAAGACAUGACGUAAAGUAAUAAUGCAGUUCAGAUCUGGGCAUAGUUGAGUAAUGAGAGUUCCGUACAAUGAAGCGGUAAAUUGUAAAGCUCAAAUGCAGUGUUGUUGUAAAAAAAAAAACAACAGAUAUAGAAUAUAUCUAUAUAUAUGAACAGUCCUAACUUAUUAACUAGCAUCACUAGCAUCGUAACCCUUUUGCUCAGAUCCAUUUCAUGCAGGUCUCUUUUUUAUAUAUAUAUAUAUAUAUAUAUAUAUAUAUAUAUAUAUAAUUUUAUUUACAUUUUUAUCCCAUUUUCUCCCAAUUUACACAGUCAGUUAUCCAAUCCACUUAUCUCCCCUAUCACUGGUAAUGCCCAAACACCAGGAGAAUGAAGCCUAGCACAUGCCUCCUCUUCUAAUACAUGUGAAGUCAGCCACCGCCUCUUUUUAAACUGCUGCUGAUGCAGCAUUGUCCAGUAGCAUCACAGCUCACUCGGAGGAAAGCGCAGCGACUCGGUUCUGAUACAAGAGCUCACAGACACAUUGUGUUGAUCGACAUCACCCUUUGAAUUGAUGUGGGGAGGGAGCGCCAUCUACCGACCCAGAGAGAGCAAGGCCAAUUGUGCUCUCUCAGGGCUCCGGCAGCUGAUGGCAAGCUACAUGAACAGGAUUCGAAACAGCCAUCUCCUGAAAAUAGUGGCAGCUCCUUAGCCCGCUGUGCUACUCUAAGGCUCAUCGGAUUUCUUUUUUAACAUUGAUUAUUACCACGAUUUUUAUGCCCCCAAAUUGACAUACACACAGUGCAUAUAUUAUAUAUGUUGAAUUUUAUAUUGAAAAUUAAAAGUCCAAACAAAGGAUUAAAUUUGUAUACAUUUAGCCCACUUUGGCUUAAGUAAGAAAGCUAAAUAACUUUGUUCCAUCCUGUCGUCUUCAUCAGCUAUGGGGGCUGCUUCUCUCUAGACUUGACAAUGAUUGGUUUGUAGAAUGUUGUCAUUUUAGAGAGUUACCUGUUCAGGUGUUGUACUCAAUUUGACUCCCUGCCAUAAUCUGACUCCCUUUGGAGUGCAGGUGUAUCACAAGCCAGAAUAAGUGUAAGAAUAAUCAGAUUGAAUUCUUUCUGAUUGUUUUUAUUUCUCUUUUCUGUAAUAAAUAAGUAUUAGUCUACAGUAACAGUAGAUAUAGGAGUCUCAAUGGUAAGCAAUUGCACCCAUACUGUUCUGUCAAGCGCAUGAACAUGGAAGGAUUCAGAUAUCAUACAGUAUCAGCACAGCACCACUGCUUUUUCUUCUUCUAUUGUUUAGGGAGUGAUGAUAGACUGAUUAAUCCCUAAUCGGAACUGAACCAUUCAAAAUAGUGUUUUUUACAUUGCAAAUGUCAGAACUGGAUCAUUAAACAGUUAAUCUGGACCAAGACUGCCUGUUUGAUUGGACCAAACUUUGGUCUGUGGUUUCCAGCACAUUGUACACCCGCUAUUUGGGUUUGGACAAAAAAAAAAUGUCAGAAAAAAAGCAAAAUAUACAAAAAAAAAAACACACAUACCUGAAAUUCUGUAUGAGCUGUAUGAGCUAAAGAUAAAGUAAAGUAAACACAUGCCAAUCAGAGUAGAGCUUAUUAGAUCAUAUCCUAACCCACCAUUAAAGAAGAAAACAGCUGGUUUAAUUCUAGGGCCAAAUAACAGGGUUGUAAAUGGGUGUGUAAAACGACAUCUCUUUUUUAACCUCAAUUUCAAAAAUCACAAAGCCCUAGACAUUCAUCCAUCCAUCCAUCCAUCUGUCCAUCCAUCCAUCUGUCCAUUGUUCUUUUCUCAUACUUAUUGGUCAGAGUUGUGCCUAGAUAAUGGUGCCCAUGUGGGGCACAACCCAUCAGGACCUGUGAUUGGACCAGGAUGGGUUAAAAACGGACCCCAUCUGGGUGAUAGACAGCACUAGAUGGUGUUUGGAUCAUAUAAGCCUCACAUAAGCCUGUUGGCUGGAGGCUUAUUACAUGAUCAUCAUACAGCAUUAAGUAUGCCACACAAGGCAUCAUACUGUUAAUGCAUUAUUUAAAAUGCAUUAUAAAUACAGGACGUGUUACUGAAGUGUUACUGAAGUUUGAAUUCAGUUUUAGCUCUAGCGUUUCUAGCUUCUCUAACUUUUCUACAUCUCUACUAAAAGAAGAAUUAGCAAGACCUGUACACAACGGUGCUGUUUUCCCCCCAAUAAAAAUAAGAGUUUUCUUCAGAGCAGGUCGCUGAAAACCCAAAACACACAUUAACCACUAUUGCUGGUGCCAGUGCAGAAUUGAUUGCGAGCGGUGGCUCUGUUUACUUUGCAAAUUGCUUUGUAUCUGCUGUUUAUUUAGUGUCGCCGUGUAUUUUACAAAUGCCUCAUUACUCUUUUUCACAUAGCCACAACGUCAGCUCCGAGAGCUUCGCGAGUGGCCUUUCCUGCCCGAAACUGAGGAGAACAGCGUCCCGGUUACAUGCAGAAACACCCGUCCGUGUCUAGCCGACAAUCAGCAACACCCCUCCCCCCUCCCAACAAUAAAUAAAUCUCAUGCUUUGGUCUCAUUGAGUUUGUACAUAAUGUUCGGAGACGGAAGCCUCUCCGCUUUUGUAAAGGGAAUUUCUGUUGACUCUCUCGACCUACAGGUCUCAUGUAUGAUUUUCGAAUAAAGUAAAACCUUUGUUUCAAUGAUA